AUGCCAAAUCGAGUAAACUACUAUGAAGUUUUAGGGGUACCUCAAGAUGCUGAUAUAAGCGUAAUCAAAAAAUCUUACAGAACCCUUGCUAUGAAAUGGCAUCCAGAUAAAAAUCCAAAUAAUAAAGCUGAAGCAACUGAACGAUUUAAGCAAAUUUCAGAGGCUUAUGAAGUGCUAUCAGACCCCAAAAGGCGACGAAAAUAUGAUUUGUAUGGAACCGAUGAAGGGUACGCAAUGGGAGAUAAUGAUGAGUUUUCAAAUUUCCAUAAAAAUUUUGGAUUUAAUGAUGCCCAAAGAAUAUUUGAAAUGUUUUUUGGUGACUCAUCACCAUUUGGCAAUGACUCAUUUUUCGGAGAAGUCAUGGGUUCAUCGUUUGGAGAUAAAAGACGAGGAAGAAUGGGACGGUCUGUUGAUCCCUUUGAUAAUUUUUUUGGUUCAUCAUUCAACAUAUCUUUUGGACCUUCGUCCUUUGACAAUUUCAUGGAUGGAGGGUCAUGUUUUACCUCCGUUGAGACAUCAACUUCAAGUGGUGGAAAAUUUAAAAACAGAGUUGUAAAAACCUCAACAUCUAAAACUACAUCUAUUAUUAAUGGAAGAAGAGUUACUAGAAUCGAAACUGUAAAGACAUUACCUAAUGGUACAAUUGAAAGAACUGUUACUGAAAAAGAAGAAGAUGGACGAGGUAAUGUUAAUGUAAGACAAUUACCAUCUUAUGAAAUGCGAAAAAGUAAAAGAUAA